CUCGCGCUGAGCCCCGGGCUCUUGUUUUGGUACAGAGGGGUUUUAUUUUUAAAAGCGCGACCGGAAGUGUGUGUUCCUGCUGAUCGCGUGCGGCGGAUGAGCGGCGGGACUGAGCGGAAGAUGCUGAAGGAACGGGAGCUGCUGCUUUCCGAGAGACACCCCUGCAGUGAAGAUGAGACCAUGGUCCCGGUACUAGCCUCCAAAAAAGCCAGUGAACUCCCUGUUAACGAAGUAGCGUGUGUCCUGCAGGCCGACCUGCAGCUGGGCCUCAGCCAGGAGGAGGUGACCCGGCGGAGGGCCUACCACGGCUGGAACGAGUUCGACAUCAGCGAGGAUGAGCCGCUAUGGAAGAAAUACAUUUCCCAGUUCAAGGAUCCUCUCAUCCUGUUGCUCUUGGCCUCGGCGGUCAUCAGUGUUCUCAUGCACCAGUUCGAUGACGCAAUCAGCAUCACUGUGGCCAUUAUCAUUGUUGUAACAGUUGCCUUCGUCCAGGAGUACCGCUCAGAGAAGUCUCUGGAGGAGCUGGGGAAGCUGGUGCCUCCAGAAUGCCACUGCAUCAGAGAGGGGAAGCUGGAGCAUCUGCUGGCCAGGGAGCUGGUUCCUGGAGACACCGUCUGUCUGUCGGUCGGAGAGAGAGUCCCAGCAGACCUCCGCCUCUACGAGGCGACCGACCUGUGUGUGGACGAGUCCAGCCUGACAGGUGAGACCACGCCCUGCUCCAAGUCCACGUCCCACCAGCCGGCCGCCACCAACGGGGACAUCGCCUCCCGCAGCAACCUGGCCUUCAUGGGAACACUGGUGCGCUGCGGCAAGGCCAAGGGCAUCGUCAUCGGAACCGGAGAGAACUCGGAGUUUGGGGAAGUGUUCAAGAUGAUGCAGGCAGAGGAGGCUCCUAAGACGCCGCUGCAGAAGAGCAUGGACCUGCUGGGGAAGCAGCUGUCGCUCUACUCCUUCGGCAUCAUCGGGGUGAUCAUGCUGGUGGGCUGGCUGCAGGGGAAGAGGAUCCUGGACAUGUUCACCAUCGGAGUGAGCCUGGCGGUCGCCGCCAUCCCGGAGGGUUUGCCCAUCGUGGUGACGGUGACGCUGGCGCUCGGCGUGAUGCGCAUGGUGAAGAAGAGAGCCAUCGUCAAGAAGCUUCCCAUCGUGGAGACUCUGGGCUGCUGUAACGUGAUCUGCUCCGACAAGACGGGAACUCUGACCAAGAACGAGAUGACGGUCGCUCAGCUGUUCACCUCAGACGGCCUGCACGCCGAGGUGACGGGCGUCGGCUACAACGGAGCCGGAGAGGUGCUGCUGGAGGGGGAGGUGGUGCACGGCUUCUCCUGCUCCUCCAUCAGCAGGAUAGUGGAGGUUGGCUGUGUGUGCAACGACUCUGUCAUCAGGAACCAUUCGCUGCUGGGACGUCCCACUGAGGGAGCGCUCAUCGCCCUGGCCAUGAAGAUGGGGCUGGAGGGCCUGCAGAAGGAGUACGUCCGUCAGGAGGAGCACCCCUUCACCUCGGAGCAGAAGUGGAUGGCGGUGCGCUGCGUCCACCGCACCCAGCAGGACAAGCCGGCGGUGUACUUCAUGAAGGGCGCGUACGAGCAGGUCAUUCGCUUCUGCAGCUCGUACAACAGCAGGGGGACGGCGCUUCCCCUCGGCCACCAGCAGAGGGAGCUGUUCCUGCAGCAGAAGAGCUACAUGGGAACGGCAGGACUCCGAGUGCUGGCCUUUGCCUCUGGAGCUGACCUCGGGGCUCUGACCUUCCUGGGUCUGGUCGGCAUCAUCGACCCUCCGAGGUCGGGGGUCAAAGAGGCCGUGGCCACGCUCAUCAGCUCCGGCGUCGCCAUCAAGAUGAUCACCGGAGACUCUCAGGAGACCGCCGUGUCCAUAGCGAGUCGUCUAGGUCUGUACACUAAAGGCUCUCAGUGUCUGUCGGGAGACGAGGUGGACCAGCUCGACCUGCAGCAGCUCUCACAGAUCGUCCCCAGGAUCGUGGUGUUUUAUCGAGCCAGUCCCAGGCACAAGCUGAAGAUCGUCAAGUCUCUGCAGAACAUCGGCGCCGUCGUCGCGAUGACGGGCGACGGGGUGAACGACGCCGUGGCUCUGAAGGCGGCGGACAUCGGCGUGGCCAUGGGCCGGACGGGCACCGACGUCUGCAAGGAGGCGGCCGACAUGAUCCUGGUGGACGACGACUUCCAGACCAUCAUGUCGGCCAUAGAGGAGGGGAAGGGCAUUUACAACAACAUCAGGAACUUUGUGCGCUUCCAGCUGAGCACGAGCAUCGCCGCGCUGACGCUCAUCUCCUUGGCAACGCUCAUGAAGUUCCCCAACCCGCUGAACGCCAUGCAGAUCCUGUGGAUCAACAUCAUCAUGGACGGACCCCCCGCUCAGAGUUUGGGGGUGGAGCCUGUGGACCGGGACGUGAUCAGAAAGCCUCCUCGUAACGUCAGAGACAGCAUCAUCACCCGCAGCCUCAUCGUCAAGGUGCUGGUGUCAGCCCUCAUCAUCGUCUGUGGAACGCUGUUCGUCUUCUGGAGAGAGUUGCGGGACAACGUGAUAACUCCUCGAGACACGACCAUGACCUUCACCUGCUUCGUUUUCUUCGACAUGUUCAACGCUCUCAGCUCCCGCUCACAGACCCGGAUGGUCCAUGAAAUGGGUCUGUGCAGCAACAGGACCUUCUGCUACGCCGUCCUGGGCUCCAUCAUGGGCCAGCUGCUGGUCAUCUACUUCCCCCCCCUGCAGAGCGUCUUCCAGACCGAGAGCCUCAGCAUCUUCGACCUGCUGUUCCUGCUGACCCUCACCUCGUCCGUCUGCGUGGUGUCGGAGGUCAUUAAGAAGGUGGAGCGGCUGCGGGGAGUGGAGAGGACGUCCCACCUGGCCGGCGACUCCUUCCAUGAGGUAUGACCCCCGCCGCUCGCCACGCCUCGCCACGCCUCGCCUCGCCUCGCCUCGCCACGCCACGCCACGGGACUCUGGGGUCUGGAGGACGGCCGGUGGCAGAGGAGGAGGAGGAGGAGGAGGAGGAAGGUGGCUGGGAGCAUGAUGAUGGCUUUUUUGGCGUCUGACGACCAACGGCACUGACUGCACACGGCUGCUGGGGGGGCGGGGCUGAACCCCCCGGGCGCCAGGAGGAACUCCAGUCUGGACUGGAGGAAGCUUCUGGCCCCGGGGCGAGAGGGGCGGGGCGGGGCGGGGGAGGGAUGGGGGCUGCUGGGAGAGUCCAGCAGAAGACUGAAGCACGCGGCGUCCACCCACAUGGUUUCUGUUAGCUCCGCCCCCCCACACCCCUCGCCGCCCCGCCUCGUCACAGGGUCCCGACCGUGGAAACCCACCACACCUUCCUGCAUUCCUGCAGCCGCCCGGCUUUAGUCUGUCCCCCUCGUGUAGGACGCGAGCGUAGGCUAACCCUCUGAGGAGGCUUCCUCUCUCUUCUUCUUCUUUGGUAUAUAAUUUAGACGGUGUUGACCACUACCUGGCUUGCUUUGUGUGGGUGAAUAUGGUGAGUUAAUCUGAAAAGGGCGGGGCUUAUUUUAAUUCCUCUAUAAGUAGGUACACAAUAUAUGGGCUUGUUUUUUUUUUGUUUUGUUUUUUUUAUCCUGCUUGUUGCUGAGUGCACUGGUGGAGAAAUGAAAAGGAACGUAUGGCUUCAGUCGUUCAGCCAAUAAAAAACUGAUUUUCUGUCUGCAUCCUAUUGGCGCUGUGUCGGGCCACUGUGGCCGCUGGACAAAAAACCAAGAAACAAAAAGAGUUUCCUGUCCUGUGAAGCACGAGGGCGCAUCAGGGCCACCGGACGGAGCAACAACUUACCAAUAUCCUGAGAAAAAAA